AUGGGGAAUUGCUUCUCCGACUUGGCCGGCGGGCGGUCAGCUGUCGGCGGCACUGCUUCAUUUCAAGCUAAUCACUCCAACGCUCCCAACGAUGCGGUCGAUGCUUUUCUUAAAUCUCGCGGCCACCACGGUUUAUAUUCUCAGAUCGAGUUAUCUCUUUCUGCUACAAACUUACGUGACAGAGAUGUGCUAUCAAAGAGUGAUCCUAUGGCUGUAAUUUAUACCAAAAAAAUAGAUGGCUCGCUUCAAGAGAUUGGUCGCACAGAAGUCAUUUUGAAUUCUUUAAGUCCCAAGUGGAUUAAAAAGUUCAACGUUACGUAUCAGUUUGAGAUGGUGCAGCAUUUAGUUUUUCAUGUGUAUGAUGUUGAUAGUCAGUUUCACAAUGUGGAAGUCAAGAUGCUUAAGCUAGAUGAGCAGCAGUUCUUGGGUGAGGCUUGUUGCACAUUAUCGGAGAUUGUCACCAGAUCAAAUAAAGCGUUGAAUUUGAAUCUCACAUACACACAAGAAGCUUCAGGUUCAGCCGUUCCUAGUAAGCUUGGUCAGCUCACAGUUUAUGGUGAAGAAAGUUUUACGUCAAAGACUACUACUGAAUUGGUACUGAGAUGUACAGAUUUGGAAUCGAAAGAUUUGUUUUCAAAAAGUGACCCUUUCCUGGUGAUUUCAAAAACUACAGAAAGUGGAUUAACUGUUCCAAUCUGCAAAACUGAAGUUCUUAAAAAUGAUCAUACUCCUAGAUGGAAGCCAGUUUUGCUUAGUAUUCAACAAGCUGGAAGCAAGGACAGCCCACUGAUCAUAGAGUGUUUUAACUUCAAUGGUAAUGGAAAGCAUGAUUUACUUGGAAAGGUUCAGAAAUCUUUAGCAGAAAUGGAAAAGUUGCAUGCUUCUGGGACGGGGGCAAAUUUCUUCAUUCCUACAGGUGUCAGCCAAAAUCAUCCCAACAAAGUUUUAAAGAGCCAAAUCUUUGUUGACAAAUUUUCUGAGAAGAUUAAUCAUACAUUUCUUGAUUACCUAGCUGGUGGCUAUGAACUGAACUUCAUGGUGGCGGUAGAUUUCACGGCUUCAAACGGGAAUCCUCGCCUACCUGAUUCUCUUCAUUAUAUUGAUCCGUCUGGAAGGCCUAAUGCAUAUCAGAGGGCGAUCUCAGAGGUUGGAGAAGUACUGCAAUUCUAUGACUCGGACAAACGCUUUCCUGCUUGGGGCUUUGGUGCUCGGCCUAUUGAUGGUCCAGUCUCUCAUUGCUUUAACUUAAAUGGGAGCAAUAACUACAGUGAGGUUGAAGGAGUUCAAGGAAUUCUGGUGGCUUAUGUGAGUGCACUAUACAAUGUUUCCCUUGCUGGGCCAACUUUAUUUGGGCCUAUCGUUACUGCUGCUGCACAGAUUGCUAGUCAAGCUGUUGCGAAUGAUCAACGGAAGUACUUUGUGUUGUUGAUUAUUACGGAUGGAGUAAUUACUGAUCUUCAAGAAACGAAAGAUGCUUUUGUUAAGGCUUCUGAUCUUCCAUUGUCCAUCCUUAUUGUUGGUGUUGGAGGAGCUGAUUUCAAAGAAAUGGAGGUUUUGGAUGGAGAUAAAGAAAGACUUGAAAGUUCAACAGGCCGAGUUGCGUCUCGUGAUAUUGUGCAAUUUGUUCCAUUCCGCGAUGUACAGAGCGGGCAGAUAUCUGUCGUUCAAUCACUUCUAGCUGAAUUACCUUCUCAGUUUUUGACAUAUGUGCGAGCCAGAAACAUACUUCCCCAGCCUGUUAGCUGA